AGCGCUAUGGUCCAUAUUGGGGCAUUCCCUCUCGUUUUUCCGUCCCGCAGAUCUCGCGAGAACUUAGCAAUCGAUUGGUCUGGGAUCUAGGAAGAGGUCGGCAGAAGUCAGACAGUGGCGAAUCCUCGUCACGGUUUGGCGUCUGGGCUGCUUUCGGUCCGAGCUUCGGCCUUUUCAGAGACAGAGCCUUCUCCCCCCCCCCGCGACCCACCUGUUGGGCUUGUCCUGCUAGGGACUGUGUAGCCCGCUGCGUGAGCGCCGUUGGGGCGGGCAGCGACCAUUAAAAAAAAGGGGGGGCGAACUUCCCUUUCCUUCCCUGAAGGGGAGAAACGGCUCCAGGCACUUGGGCCAGCCGCGGUGUGUGACCGUGUCAGCCAUUGAGGUCCAGCGCUUUACCUUCCGCCCGGGAACCUCCCUUUUUCUGUUGGGGAAGAACCACCGGUUCUGCUCGAGGGUCUCCCCCCUCCCGGCCGCGCUGGGUGGGGCGGGCUUGGGGUCGAGAUGACCCAGGAGCGGCCCAAGUUUUAUCGGCAGGAGUUGAACAAGACGGUCUGGGAGGUACCGGAGCGUUACCAGAACCUUUCCCCGGUCGGCUCCGGAGCUUAUGGCUCUGUCUGCUCUGCCUUUGAUACUAAAACUGGUUUGCGUGUGGCUGUGAAGAAAUUGUCCAGACCUUUUCAGUCCAUUAUACAUGCCAAGAGGACUUACCGUGAGCUACGUUUGCUUAAACAUAUGAAGCAUGAAAAUGUUAUUGGUCUUUUAGAUGUGUUCACACCUGCAAAGUCACUAGAGGAAUUCAAUGAUGUGUAUCUUGUAACCCAUCUUAUGGGGGCAGAUCUGAACAACAUUGUCAAAUGUCAGAAGCUCACAGAUGAUCACGUACAGUUUCUUAUUUAUCAAAUUCUUCGUGGUUUGAAGUACAUCCAUUCUGCUGACAUAAUACACAGAGAUUUAAAACCUAGUAACCUAGCUGUGAAUGAGGACUGUGAGUUGAAGAUCCUGGAUUUUGGGUUGGCACGACACACAGAUGAUGAGAUGACAGGGUAUGUAGCAACCAGGUGGUACAGAGCUCCUGAGAUCAUGCUGAACUGGAUGCAUUACAAUCAAACAGUUGAUAUUUGGUCAGUUGGAUGUAUUAUGGCUGAAUUGCUGACUGGAAGAACACUGUUCCCUGGUACAGACCAUAUUAACCAGCUUCAGCAGAUCAUGCGUCUGACGGGGACACCCCCUGCAUAUCUUAUUAACAGGAUGCCCAGCCAUGAGGCCAGGAACUACAUACAGUCAUUGUCUUACAUGCCGAAGAUGAAUUUUGAAAAUGUAUUUAUUGGUGCCAAUCCACUGGCUGUGGACUUACUGGAGAAGAUGCUGGUGCUGGACACGGACAAACGAAUCACUGCUGCUGAAGCUUUAGCCCAUGCCUAUUUUGCUCAGUAUCAUGACCCAGAUGAUGAGCCAGUUGCUGAUCCUUAUGAUCAGUCCUUUGAAAGCAGAGAACUAGAUAUUGAGGAAUGGAAAAGCCUGACAUAUGAUGAAGUAAUUAGCUUUGUGCCGCCACCACUAGACCAAGAGGAGAUGGAGUCCUGAGAGUCUGUUUCUCUUUGUCUCAUAUCACUGUGAGGAGAAGACCUUUUUCAUAGGCAGUCUCCACAUAUCAUUCAAGUGCCUCUUGCCGUGAAGAUUCUCCGUGGUGGAGGGAAUUUUAUAUGUGUUUUUGUGUGUGUUGAAUGUGGGGUGGGGAGAAGGAGGAUUUGGAGGAAAGUAUUUAUACAGUAACUGUAUAAAUAAUGCUGCAUGUUCUCUUGUGUUUUUGUAUACAUUUUGGGACAUGCCUCUGAAGAUCUGUUUGAUUGCUUUUUAGCCUUUAAAGUUGGUAACCAGCUUUCACUGCUCUGGGUCAAGGCAGAUAUUAUGCAGGGAGCUGAGAUUUCAAAUUCUCAGUAGUUAUUCUUGCCAUGAAAUGGCCCUCCAUGAAAAGACUUAAAUAAUGGAAGCUGAAUUAUUACUUGAACUGUGCCCUCUGCUUUCCACAAUAAAAGAAGAGAGGGUAAGGGAUGUUUUUCCAUUCCAUGCAGCUGCUUUAUGCCCAAAGCCUCUUCCCAGUAUUCUGUACAGGAGGAAGGAUAGUGCCAUGAAUGUUUGUCUGUCUCUUGGGAGUAUUUUGCUUGAAACAGUGUAAAAAUAUAUAUAAAUAAAUAAAGAGUUUGUGCCUUAAAUGCUUGAGGGAAAAUCUGAGUGUGGGUUCUCAGCAGUGGAUCUUUGAGCUUGCUGCUUUCCAGGUAUGAGCCAUAGAGUACCCAUAUGUGACUAAGUAGUAUAGCCAGGAUGCAAAUUUUCCAGUAAUAAAAUUGGAAAUUGUUUCCCUUUUUACUUGGAGAAACCUUGAGAAGUCAUAGCAGUAGCUCCAGUGUUCUGCCUGCUCAUUUGUACAUCUUCUUAUGAUGGAGUAUAGGUUUUUAUAUGUUGGAGGCAUUGGGGCCUAUUUGUUUUAGCAUAGAGGACUUAUUUCUGUUAUCCUAGAGGGGAGGUAUUGGGGAGGCAAAUCAGCCAGAGCCAUACAAAUUGCAGCAUCUAUUUGUUUUUUUGUUCAAACUUAUUUUGACAUUUAGGGCACUUUUUUAAUGAAAGGUGGCUGAUGAAUGUGCACCUUUCUGUGAGCUUCCUUUUGUUACUUUAAAAAUGAGUUCAUUUAUCAGCUUGCAUGGGCCUAACACCAAAUUAAGUUCAUUGUAUUGAUGUAUACUACAAAUCAAGUAACACUGAAAUUAUUCUGUUCAGGGACUGAGUGGGGGUAUCAGUUCAAGUAUUGUGUGUUCAUCAGAUAUUCUGGGUAAACGAGAUCCUGUUUUUACAGUAUUUUCCCAAGUCAGUACAACACAGAUAUCAUGCAUGGAUUGUAUGCCUGUUUCUGAAAGAGUGAAGCUUUGCAAUUUUUUAUUUGUCUGAUGAAUCUAGGUUUUUGUGUGUAUUUAUCCCUUUUGUACAGAAAAGCUGUAAAAAAGAAGGCAUGUGGAUAGUAAAGCCAUCAGAUCCUUCCAUUCUAGUGAUCUCCCUUCAGGUCAGAUCCUGUCUAGAGAAGCCUAGGGUCAAAAGAACAGUGUUCCUUCAUGAUUAUUGUUUGGAAACGUCUUUAAGACCAAACAAAAUCAAAUCCCUCUGCUGGGCCUGCAGUCCAGAUAUUCAGAUGGAAAUGUAGAUAUAUUCUGUAAAACAUACAGAAGGAUUAUUUUUCUGUCAUUUUAUGUGUAGAAGCUACCAUGUGACUUUCAUGCAUAAAUGGUUUUUUAAAAAAUAAAAAACAUGUAGGUAUAUUUGUGAGUGGAAAUAUCUCAAAUCUGAGAUUCUGUGUGGGAGCCCCUGUGGAGUGCACUCCUUAUUGUUAGUGUGGUGCUGUUCUACUGCCUGAACUCUGGACAGAAAAGUACACACUUUAAAGAGAAAUUCUGCAGAUUUUAUGUAUCCAGGAACUUUAUUCUAACUGGUUAUGCCAUAAAGAAUAUAACGCAAUGCCACUGGUUUUAAAAUAAACCUAUUUUUCAGAUUUAA